AUGUCGCGACAUAAAGUCUUGACGGCCGCACUGUUCCAUCUGGCCCAGCCAGCGAAUGUCACCUUCAAAGGCUCGAGUUCCGGCAAAGUCGAGUCGUUCCUGAACAUCAAAUUCGGCUCAGAUACCAGCGACCAGGCUCGAUUCGCACCUCCUCGCUCAUACACGUACCAGCCAAAUAGUUUUUACGACGUCAACAAGCCCGGCGCUGCAUGCCCACAACAAAAGGUCCCUCUGGGCGGCAUUCCACUUUUCGACAACGUGACGAACAUCUCCGAAGACUGCUUGACCCUGAGGGUGGAUAGACCAGUGGGAACGACUCAAGAUGCAAAGCUGCCGGUGAUGGUGUACAUAUACGGCGGAGGCGACACCGUAGGCCAGAUCUAUGAUUCCGCUUAUGAUCCCACCAAUCUGGUCUCCUCUGCUGCAGAGAAGGGCUUUCCAGUGCUCUACGCAGCAAUGAACUAUCGUGUGGGCAUCUUCGGCUUCGCAGCUUCGCCUGCUUUGAACGCCUCCAACUCCCUCAAUGUUGGGCUUCUGGACCAGAGACUUGCGCUUGACUGGUUUCAGGAGAACAUCUUUGCUUUUGGGGGAGAUCCAAAUCGAGUGACCAUCUUUGGUGAAAGCGAUGGCGCGACGAAUGUUGGACUUCAUAUCACUGCGUUUGGAGGGGAUGUCGAGAGACCACCGUUCCAGAGGGCGAUCAUGCAGUCCGGUGCUCCAACUGCUGACUCAAUUGCAGGCAACACCUCUGCUGUCAACACCGCUGCCGUGAUUCGCUUGACGAAUUGCACGGCGGCCACAAGCGAGGAGGAGCUGGCUUGUCUCCGGGCACUUCCUCUCUCGUCCUUGCUCAACACUACCGUCAUGUAUGAGUUUAGUGCUGCGCAGCUGGGCCUCGAUGUGUACAUACCGACAUCGCCAUCGCCUUUCAUCCCGGAUAGUCCUUCACGACUGCUGAACUCUGGUCAAUUUGCGCACAAUAUCGACAUUGUGACUGGCUGGGACGAGAACGACGGUUCAUUCUUCACGCCGACGACCAUUAAGACCGAUCAGGAUGUUGCCGCCUUCUUGGUGUCGUCGAUAGGCUUGGCAAAUUCUUCAGUUGACCAGGCUCUUCGUCUGUAUCCUGUCACAGAAUUUGAACAAGACGCCUCCUCAAACAUCUCGACUCAGUACUUCCGUGCGAGCCAGAUGUCGCGAGACUCGGAACACACAUGCCCCAGCCUCCUUAUGGUCCAAGCAAACAGCAGAUUUUCGAGAUGUUCGACUGCCAACUAUCUCUUCGCCCUGAACCAAACUGUCUUCACACCAAUUCUCAGAGCAGAAAACGCUUCCUACUACGGCGUUCCGCACUUCAGCGACAUCCCCUUCGUCUUCAACCAGGCUUCGACACGAUAUGCAGAAGUCUCAUCCUCGUCUGAUGAUACCAUCUCAAGUCUCAUGAGCGGUAGCUGGGCAGCAUUUGCGGAUCGUGGCCGAGUCUCAGGGGUCAAUGGGACCCUUCCUGACUGGCCUGGUAAGGAACAGCGAUGCUGUCCACGCGAGGAAGCGGCGAACGUUCGUGUUAUCGGUGGUCCUAACUCGGGCCUUCGCAGUGUGAAUAGCUACGAGCAUCUAACACGGCGGUGCGAGUUCUGGAACUCUCCUGCUGUAGCCGAGCAGAUAAAAGUCUAG